CCAAUAUUAAUAUUCUGCCAUUAUAUCAUACUAGAACACAACAAACACCAAUCACAACCAUGCUUUCCAUUUGUUUUCUUUUGCUAUUUCUUUUAUCUUUUGUCAUCCUAACCAAAAAAAGCAAGAAAAUUCGCAGUUCCAUGCUAACAAUGUUAAGAGUUCAUGGAACAAAACGAGAGGUGCUGAGCAUGGAGCAACAUUUGCCACAAGAAUUGGUAUCAAACAUCCUCUCAAGGUUGCCAGCAAAAGACUUGGUUAAAUGCAAACGCGUUUGCAAGUCAUGGUUCGAUCUCAUAACUGAUUAUCACUUUGUCACCAAUCACUAUGUUGCUUACAACAAUCUCAUGCAUUACCAAAGCCAAGAGGAGCAACUCUUGGUCAUUGGAAGACCCUUUGUUUCUGCACUAAAAACUCACAUUUCUCUUCUUUCUUGCAACACCAAUGAUCCCCAAAAAAACCAUGUUUCUUCUUCUUCUCUUUUGAACCUUCCUUGUGAAUAUAACAACUCUGAGCACAAGUACUGGUCUGAAAUCUCGGGUCCUUGCAAUGGCAUAUACUUCCUAGAGGGAAACCCUAAUGUCUUGAUGAACCCUUCAUUGGGACAGUUCAAGGCUUUGCCUAAACCCCAUUUGAGUGCUUCACAAGGCACUUAUUCUCUCACUGAAUAUUCUGGUUUUGGCUUUGACCCCAAAACCAAUGAUUACAAAGUUGUUGUCAUUAGGGACAUUUGGUUGAAGGAGACAGAUGAGAGAAAACUCGGGCAUUGGACAGCUGAGUUGUAUAGCCUUAACUCAAAUUCUUGGAGAAAACUUGAUGAUGCUUCUCUCCCACUUCCAAUUGAAAUUUGGGGUUCUUCUAAGGUUUAUACUUAUGUCAACAAUUGUUGUCACUGGUGGGGCUAUGAUGUUGAUGAAUCUGGUGCGAAAGAAGAUGCUGUUCUAGCGUUUGACAUGGUUAAUGAAUCCUUCAGGAAGAUCAAGGUGCCAAGAAUACGUGGUUCUUCAAAAGAAGAAUUUGCAACUCUCGCACCCUUGAAGGAAUCUUCUACAAUUGCUGUGGUUGUUUACCCUUUAAGGGGACAAGAGAAGUCCUUUGACGUGUGGGUAAUGAAAGACUAUUGGAACGAAGGGUCUUGGGUUAAGCAAUACACUGUUGAACCCAUAGAAACAAUUUACAAGUUUGUGGGGUUUUAUGGAAGCAAUCAAUUUCCUUGGAGCAGUAGCGGUAAUGAUGGAUUAGUGGGGUGUGAUUAUGAACCUGAGUCGGAAAAAAUAAAGGAUCUUCAGGUUUGUGGAAAGAAUGGAUCUUUAAGAGCUGCUAGAUACAUGGAAAGCCUUGUUUCACUUAAAAGGGGAAAUGAGUUCAGUUGCCAAUUUGUUUCAAGGGAAUGACCUGAUUUGCCUUUUUAAAAAAAAAAAAUUAAAAUUGAAAAAUAAAAAAUUCGAUGGUUCGUGAUUCUUUCCUAUUGAUUUUUCAAUUCGCUGAUUUGUAGCUUGUAGAUAUUAUUGGGUUAUUAGUCAGUUUGCCAUGGAAGAUGACAUUGUUGUAAUUGGCCGAAAUAAGUGUUUGUUGCUCUCUUGUAAGAGGAAGAAGAUUUUUUUUUAAUUAGAAUCAUAUGUCGUAUACUUUGUUA